CAGGGCAGAAGGUUCCUGUAAAGGUUUCUUUUCCAUUUUUGGGGUGGAUCAUUUUUGUCCAUGAGACGUAAAAUGGGAGACUUUGGAAGCUCCUGUCUUGAGGAACCUGGACAGCUGCAGUAAGGAAGAACGGCAUAUGCAGAUCUAUGGAUAAUGGUUCUCCUGCUGAUGCUGUAAUUUAUGACUCUUCUUCUCAGCAUUUUUUUAUGCAUGGGGCACAAUUGUAAUUAAGAGCUGCAGGAUGAAAAGAUGGCACAGUCAGUGCUGGUACCACCAGGACCUGACAGCUUCCGCUUUUUUACGAAAGAGUCACUGGCAGCUAUUGAACAACGCAUUGCCGAGGAAAAGGCUAAGAAGUCCAAACAAGAGCGCAAAGACGUCGAUGACGAUGAAAAUGGACCAAAACCGAAUAGUGAUUUGGAAGCCGGCAAAUCACUGCCCUUUAUAUAUGGAGACAUACCUCCGGGAAUGGUGUCUGAGCCAUUGGAGGACCUGGACCCGUAUUACCUUAACAAAAAAACAUUUAUAGUAUUGAAUAAAGGGAAGGCAAUAUUCCGAUUCAGUGCCACGUCUGCUGUGUACCUGUUAACUCCUUUCAACCCUCUUAGAAAAAUAGCUAUUAAGAUUUUGGUACAUUCAUUAUUCAGCAUGCUUAUUAUGUGCACUAUUUUAACCAACUGCGUAUUUAUGACCAUGAGUAAUCCUCCAGAAUGGACAAAGAAUGUAGAAUACACCUUCACUGGAAUUUAUACCUUUGAAUCACUAAUAAAAAUUCUUGCAAGGGGCUUCUGUUUAGAAGGUUUCACUUUCCUCCGGGAUCCCUGGAAUUGGUUGGAUUUCACAGUUAUAACAUUCGCGUAUGUAACAGAAUUUGUAAACCUAGGCAAUGUUUCAGCUCUUCGAACUUUCAGAGUAUUGAGAGCUUUGAAAACUAUUUCUGUAAUCCCAGGCCUCAAGACAAUUGUAGGAGCCCUCAUUCAAUCUGUGAAGAAGCUCUCAGAUGUCAUGAUCCUGACCGUGUUUUGUCUGAGUGUAUUUGCACUAAUAGGGCUCCAACUUUUCAUGGGGAACCUGAGGCAUAAAUGCCUGAUUUGGCCACCGGACAAUUCUACUUUUGAAAUAAACAUCACUUCCUACUUCAAUAGCACAAUGGGAGAAAAUGGUACCUUUGUAAAUACGACGGUGACCACUUUUAACUGGGAAGACUAUGUCAGUGAUGACAAUCACUUUUACUUCUUGGAAGGACAAAAUGAUGCUUUGCUGUGUGGCAAUGGUUCAGAUGCAGGUCAAUGUCCAGAAGGAUAUAUGUGUGUAAAAGCUGGUAGAAACCCCAACUAUGGCUAUACAAGUUUUGAUACCUUCAGCUGGGCCUUCUUGUCACUCUUUCGGCUGAUGACUCAGGACUACUGGGAAAAUCUUUACCAACUGACUUUGCGAGCUGCUGGCAAAACAUAUAUGAUCUUUUUUGUCCUGGUGAUUUUCUUGGGUUCUUUCUACCUGAUCAACUUGAUCCUGGCUGUUGUUGCCAUGGCCUAUGAAGAGCAGAAUCAAGCCACCAUGGAAGAAGCUGAGCAAAAAGAGGCCGAGUUCCAGCAGAUGCUGGAACAGCUGAAAAAACAACAAGAAGAGGCUCAGGCAGCAGCUUUAGCCGCCGCAGUGGGUGAAUCGAGAGAAUUCAGUGAAGUUGGUGGUGUUGGCGGGUUCUCGGAGAGCUCUUCAGCAACAUCAAAGUUGAGUUCCAAGAGUGCUAAGGAGAGAAGGAACAGGCGGAAAAAGAGAAAACAGAGAGAACAGUCUGAGGGAGAUGAAAAGGAUGAGGAUGAGUUUCACAAAUCAGAAUCAGAGGACAGCAUCCGCAGGAAAGGCUUUCGAUUCUCCAUUGAAGGGAACAGAUUAACCUACGAGAAAAGAUUCUCUUCCCCACACCAGUCUUUGCUGAGCAUCCGCGGAUCGCUGUUUUCCCCCAGGCGCAGCAGCAAAGCGAGUCUCUUCAGCUUCAGAGGCCGAGCAAAGGAUCUUGGAUCAGAGAAUGACUUUGCUGAUGAUGAGCACAGCACGUUUGAAGACAACGAGAGCAGGAGAGAUUCCCUCUUUGUUCCUCACCGGCACAGUGAACGCCGCAACAGUAACAUCAGUCAAGCCAGCCGAUCGUCCAGGGUGGUCCCUGUCCUUCCGGCAAAUGGGAAGAUGCACAGCACGGUGGACUGCAAUGGGGUGGUUUCCUUAGUUGGUGGGCCUCCUCCUCUGAUGUCACCCACUGGGCAGCUUCUGCCUGAGGGCACCACUACAGAAACAGAGUUAAGAAAAAGGCGCUCCAGUUCCUACCACAUGUCAAUGGAUUUUCUCUCUGAUCCUACUGCAAGGCAAAGAGCCAUGAGUAUAGCUAGCAUACUUACCAACACAAUGGAAGAACUUGAGGAAUCCAGGCAGAAGUGCCCUCCCUGCUGGUACAAAUUUGCUAACAUGUGCUUAAUCUGGGAUUGCUGCACUCCUUGGCUGAAAAUAAAACAUAUUGUUAAUUUGAUCGUGAUGGAUCCAUUUGUUGACCUGGCUAUUACCAUCUGCAUUGUUUUAAACACUUUGUUUAUGGCGAUGGAACAUUACCCAAUGACCCAGCAGUUUAACAACGUACUGUCCGUUGGAAAUUUGGUGUUUACUGGCAUUUUCACAGCAGAAAUGUUUCUCAAGAUAAUUGCCAUGGAUCCUUAUUAUUAUUUCCAAGAAGGAUGGAAUAUUUUUGAUGGCAUCAUAGUCAGCCUGAGCUUGAUGGAGUUGGGUCUUGCAAAUGUGGAAGGAUUAUCAGUCCUAAGAUCCUUCAGAUUGCUUCGAGUUUUCAAAUUGGCAAAAUCUUGGCCAACAUUAAACAUGUUGAUAAAGAUUAUUGGCAACUCAGUAGGUGCCUUGGGAAAUUUGACCUUGGUUUUGGCUAUCAUUGUCUUCAUUUUUGCCGUGGUUGGAAUGCAGUUGUUUGGCAAAAACUACAAGGAAUGUGUCUGCAAGAUCUCUAAUGAUUGUGAACUCCCACGCUGGCACAUGAAUGACUUUUUUCAUUCUUUCUUGAUUGUCUUUCGAGUUCUUUGUGGCGAAUGGAUAGAGACUAUGUGGGACUGUAUGGAGGUUGCUGGACAACCCAUGUGCCUUACUGUUUUCAUGAUGGUCAUGGUGAUUGGCAAUUUAGUGGUUUUGAAUCUUUUUCUGGCCUUGCUCUUGAGCUCCUUCAGUUCAGACAAUCUUGCUGCUACAGAUGAUGAUAAUGAAAUGAACAACCUCCAGAUUGCAGUGGCGAGGAUUCAGAAAGGAAUAGAUUUUGUAAAAAGAAAAGCUAAUGAAUUUGUAGAAAAGGCAUUUGUGAGAAAACAAAAGGCUUUGGAUGAAAUCAAGCCCCUUGAAGAUCUAAACAAUAAGAAAGACAGUUGCGUUUCUAAUCAUAUGAUAGUAGAUAUUGGCAAAGAUUUUAACUAUCUGAAAGAUGGCAAUGGGACUACCAGUGGCAUAGGAAGCAGCGUGGAAAAAUACAUCAUUGAUGAAAGCGAUUACAUGUCAUUCAUAAAUAAUCCAAGUGUAACUGUGACAGUACCCAUUGCUGUUGGAGAAUCAGAUUUUGAAAAUUUAAAUACGGAGGAGUUUAGCAGUGAGUCAGAUUUGGAAGAAAGCAAAGAGAAACUAAAUGCAUCUAGUUCAUCUGAAGGUAGCACAGUUGAUGUUGGACUUCCUCAAGUUGGAGAGCAACCUGAAGCUGAACCUGAAGAAUCUCUUGAACCAGAAGCCUGUUUUACAGAAGGCUGUAUCCGGAAAUUCAAGUGCUGCCAAGUCAGUGUAGAAGAUGGGAAAGGAAAAACGUGGUGGAAUCUUCGGAAGACUUGUUACAAAAUCGUAGAACAUAAUUGGUUUGAGACUUUUAUUGUCUUCAUGAUUCUCCUCAGCAGUGGUGCUCUGGCUUUCGAAGACAUAUAUAUUGAGCAGCGCAAGACUAUCAAGACUGUGCUGGAAUAUGCAGACAAGGUCUUCACCUACAUCUUUAUUUUAGAAAUGCUUCUAAAGUGGGUGGCUUAUGGCUUUCAAGUCUAUUUCACCAAUGCUUGGUGCUGGUUGGAUUUCCUUAUUGUUGAUGUCUCUAUAGUCAGCUUAACAGCGAAUGCCUUGGGCUACUCUGAACUUGGUGCAAUUAAAUCACUUAGGACUUUAAGAGCUUUAAGACCUCUAAGAGCCUUGUCACGGUUCGAAGGAAUGAGGGUGGUGGUGAAUGCUCUCUUGGGAGCAAUUCCAUCUAUCAUGAAUGUGCUGCUCGUAUGUCUUAUAUUCUGGCUAAUCUUUAGCAUUAUGGGAGUGAAUCUCUUUGCUGGCAAGUUCUACCACUGCGUUAAUACUUCAACUGGGGAAAUGUUCAGCACUGAUGAAGUUGACAAUCAGACUGAGUGUGAGAAACUCAUCGAAAGAAAUGAAACAGCCCGAUGGAAAAAUGUGAAAGUCAACUUCGAUAAUGUAGGACUUGGCUACCUCUCUUUGCUUCAAGUAGCCACCUUCAAAGGCUGGAUGGACAUCAUGUAUGCAGCUGUAGAUUCACGAAAUGUGGAACAACAGCCACAUUAUGAGGAUAACCUUUAUAUGUAUCUUUAUUUUGUCAUCUUUAUAAUCUUUGGAUCCUUUUUCACUUUGAAUUUAUUUAUUGGUGUCAUCAUAGAUAACUUCAAUCAGCAAAAAAAGAAGUUUGGAGGUCAAGACAUCUUUAUGACAGAAGAACAGAAAAAAUAUUACAAUGCAAUGAAAAAACUGGGCUCCAAGAAACCACAGAAACCUAUACCCAGGCCAGCAAACAAAUUCCAAGGCAUGGUCUUUGAUUUCGUAACAAAACAAGCCUUUGACAUCAGCAUCAUGAUUCUUAUCUGCCUUAACAUGGUUACUAUGAUGGUAGAAACUGAUGACCAAACUGAUGCAAUGGAAACAAUUUUGUAUCGAAUUAAUCUGAUCUUCAUAGUCCUUUUCACUGGAGAAUGUGUCUUGAAACUGAUUUCACUCCGCUAUUAUUAUUUUACCAUAGGCUGGAAUAUUUUUGAUUUUGUAGUUGUCAUCUUAUCUAUUGUAGGUAAGAAAAUUUUUAUUUUAGUAAAAGAUGAUGACUUUGAGAUGUUCUAUGAAGUCUGGGAAAAGUUUGAUCCAGAUGCAACCCAAUUCAUAGAAUUUGCUAAACUCUCUGAUUUUGCAGCCUCGCUGGAUCCUCCUCUGCUAAUACCAAAACCAAACAAAGUUCAGCUUAUCGCAAUGGACCUGCCCAUGGUGAGUGGUGAUAGAAUUCACUGCCUUGACAUUUUAUUUGCUUUCACCAAACGUGUCUUGGGUGAAAGUGAUGAAAUGGAUGCCCUCCGUAUUCAAAUGGAAGAUCGGUUUAUGGCUGCCAACCCUUCUAAAGCCUCCUAUGAACCAAUUACUACCACAUUAAAACGAAAACAAGAGGAAGUAUCUGCUGUCAUUAUUCAGCGAGCCUUUAGGCACUACCUCUUAAAGCAAAAAGUUAAAAAAGUUUCCUGCAUGUUUAAUAAAGAUAGAAUUAAAGAAGGCAAUGACACACUUAUCAAAGAAGAUAUGAUCAUUGAUAAGCUAAAUGAGAAUUCUACUCCUGAAAAAAACGAUAUGACCCCCUCCACCACAUCUCCACCUUCCUAUGAUAGUGUUACAAAGCCCGACAAAGAUAAGUAUGAGAAAGACAAAUCAGAAAAAGAAGAUAAAGGUAAAGAUGUCAGGGACUAUAAAAAAUGAGCAAAAUGAAUGAUUCCUUUGUGACAAAUUGUUUACAGCUUGAGAAAGUAAAGUAUUAUUUCAAAAGGACUCCUAUAGGAGGUUUAUGCCAAACUGACUGUUUUUGCACACUUAGA